CUCGACUCGUCCAUCACACGGCUGCUGGUUGUGACGAAACAGCUGCUACAGGGUCUGGAGCAAUGGGCGCAGGGAUACCUCACCGAGGAGAAUGUGAGCGACAUAUACGUGCGGCUGGGGGACGGAUUUGAGACUUGCGUGGGAGCCUUUCAUCGAGUCGGGAUAUCCACCAGGGAGCUCGAUGCGAUCCCCUCGGAUCUCCGAGUUUGCCUCGAACAAUGCCUCGCCGAAGACCCCUGCCAGGAAUCCCUCAACCUAUACCUCCCCGCUAUUCGACAAAUCAUCUAUAACCUCCUCGAGGGUCUCAAGCGGAGACAGGCGCUAUACAAGCGAAACAUGGCGAAUGCGAAUGCGAGCUCGCAGGACCCGGCGGUAGCUCAAGUUCAAGCGCAUCCUGCCCCGCCUCAAACGAUACGGGAGGUCUCUCCCUCCAAGUCGCAGCAGGGUCUAAGCGAGCAAGAGCAACCCGCUGGUCUGCCGGACAUACCUCCAGAGUCACAACGGACGCUAGCGGCGCUGAGGGGAUUUGACCCGCUAGAGAGGAGGGCGAGCAAGCGGUAUAGCAGCUUUGCAUUCAACAAGAUGCUGCCGAGCUCGCCAAACAAGCGGAGGGAUGGUGCCGGGGCGGGAAGCGGCUCAGGGUCUAGUCCCCAGAGACCAGCGAUGCGGCGGGCGGACAGUCUGCUGGAGAAGAUCCCGCCGAUGCCGCCUCUGCCUGAGGCACAUCGAGUGGACCCGUCCGCAUCGGCGAGGAUGGUCAAGGGGAUUAAUGGAGGGGACGGGAGCAAGACGCCGACACCGCCCACGCCCGCCUUGCUGCAGGUGUACCUCCAGCUCGGCCGGCAAGUCAAGCGUUGCAGGCUGGAAACGCCGGUGACCUUUGAAGGGCUCCGGCUGCUGUUCAUGGAGAAGUUUGAGUACGAUUCGGGACUGGGAGACUUUCCGGACGUGUAUGUCAGGGACCCAGUCAGUGGAGUGGGUUACGAGCUGGAGGAGAUAGAAGAUGUCCGGGAGGGGUCUGUAUUGAGCUUGAACAUUGAGCCGCUCGAUCAAGUCAGGCAGCACUUUGAUCAGACCUUCGCCGGCCUGAUGUCUGAAGUCAAGGAGAUGAAGAAAGCGCUAGAUCAUUCACGUCGAAUGUCUCUAUCAACCGCCACCUCCCUCCUCGCCCCUGCCUCCCGCCUCCCCUCUCCCCUCCUCGCACCUUCUGACCCCUCCCUCCCCUCUGUCCCCAUCCGCCGCGAAAAGCUGGAAGAGCAACACGAAUCCCUCCAAUCCCUCCGGCGCGAUCUGGCCGUCAUGCGCCAGAUCCACUCGGACUUCCUCUCGGAGACAAAAACGGCCUUUUCGGCGCUCCGGACCCAAAACAACUCGAUGAAGGAGGUCAUCAAGACCAAGAUCGGCGGCUCGCGCGCCUUGCUGGACAAUAGCAAAGCGAAGCUCGAAUCGCAAUGCAGCGAGACGAUCCAAGCGGUCGAGGAGAUCCAGGACAUUAUCGACGCGGCGCGGGAAGACGCUUAUAAGCGCUUCGUCACUCCGUCUUCUAGCCAUAUGAAGAAGAUCCGGACGGAGCUGGACCGGGCUCUAGGUCUAGCGGACCGAUUUGCGUCGGAUGUAGGCACGUCCGAAGGGACCUGGCGCGCGACGUGGGCGCAGGAGCUCAGUCGUGUCAAGGAAGAGCAGAACCUGCUUGCGCACCAGCGUAAACUGGGGGACGAUCUCAAGAAUGAUCUCAAGGACGCGGCGGAGAUGUGGGACAAUGUCGAGGCGUUCGUGUUGCAGCGGAAAGGCGACAUGUCGCCCUCCGGGACAGGGUCCAAGACGCCUACGAGAAUCAUCGGGUAUAGACCCCCUACGCCCGACGCGGACCUUCCGGGCGGCGGCGUCAAUAAUCUGCUUAUGGAGAUUAGGACGAAGGAGGCGGAUCCCAAUACCCGGCUCCGGGCGAUCGAGGCGCAGCAGCGUCAGCGCGAGAAGGAGAAGAUGGAGAAGUUGAAUGAGAAGGAUGAGUUUGCGGGCGAGCUGGAAGGGUUCGUGAAUGGGCGGAAGUUGAGGAAGACCGGUGGGACGGAAGAGGUGGAGAGGGCGAGGAGUCGGAGGCAGGAGUUGACGCUCAAGAAGAUGUUGACGGGGGAUCAACCGCCAUUGUCUAGUCAACAUACCGGCGGAGGGCGGAUGGGAUCGUCGGCCUCGGUUUCGACCUCGGGCUCGGCGGUCAACUCGCCAGCACCGGCUGGUGUCAAGUCGCCCGGAACACCAUCAAUGGGCGGAAAGGCGUUGACGCCGCAAAUGACAGGCGGGAGCAUCACCGGUGGAGCGCGAAUCAUGACGCCCCAGAUGACUGGCUCGAGUGUGCGCAGUGGAGUCAGCAGUGGAGGAGGGACAAAGAGGGGAAGCGUCGAGAUGGUCAAGGAGGAAGAGGGGUAG